AUGCCCUCUCUGUGUCGGCUGAGGGGCAGGCGCUGGCCGCACCUGCAUGCAAGAAUAUCCAAUCUAAGCGCUUCCAGACUGCACACUGGAGCUGAAGCAGCACCAACAUCAGCAUCCACGGGAGCCAUAUCCGCACCAAACUCUUUUCUACAGGCUUCCGUACACCCCCGGCCACAAUUCUUUCUCGGGGAAGAUACCGGACUGUCUCUGUCAAGCCGUCAGUCCUGCAAGGCACUCAAUCCCGAGCUUGGCCGUCAUCCACCACCCCUCAUCCUCGCUGCUCCCACUUACACACAAGCUGACCGUUUGGCCGCGGCGAACAUCUCAACUCUUACACAUCUUUCUUCCCAACCUUUCUCAAACGUUGCAUUCAGACCGCCGCGAGAUCGAGUUACGUCUCUGGCCCCCUGGCAUUCAUCCCGUCCAUUUACGGCAAGGACCCUGGGUUCCUUGGAUAGAAUUUUCCCCAAUCGGUCUUUUGCAACCACAACGCCCGCCAUGGUCGCGACCAAGAUUGAUGGCACCGCCAUUGCCAAGAAGAUCCGGGAGACCAUCGCCAACGACAUUCUUGAGAAACAGAAGGCGAACCCCAGAUUCCAGCCGACACUUAAGAUUAUUCAAGUCGGCGAUAGAUCGGACUCUGCCACCUAUGUGCGCAUGAAGGAUAAGGCUGCCAAGGAGGCAAACAUUAGCUGUGAACUGAUUCACUUCCCUGAGUCUAUUUCCGAGCCCGAGCUCCUUGACCGUAUUUACCGCCUGAACGAUGACCCCUCCGUCCACGGCAUCUUGGUGCAAUUGCCUCUACCCAAGCACCUCGAUGAGUACACCAUCACUUCUGCCGUUGCAGACGAGAAGGAUGUCGAUGGCUUCGGCACCAGGAAUAUUGGCGAGCUUGCGAAGAGGGGCGGUCGUCCUAUCUUCGUACCAUGCACCCCCAAGGGUGUCAUGGUCUUGCUGCAGGAGGCUGGCGUUGACUUGAAGGGCAAGAACGCCGUUGUCCUUGGACGCAGUGACAUUGUUGGCAGCCCUGUCAGCUACCUUCUUCGCAACGCUGACGCAACUGUCACUGUAUGCCACUCUAAGAGCCAGGACCUGAAGGAGCACCUCAAGGCCGCUGACGUCGUUGUUGCUGCCAUUGGUCAGCCCGGUUUCGUUAAGGGCGAGUGGCUCAAGCCCGGUGUCGUCGUUAUUGAUGUCGGCACCAACUAUAUUCCCGAUGCUACCAAGAAGUCUGGCCAGCGUCUCGUUGGAGAUGUUGACUACGAGUCGGCGUCCCAGGUUGCUUCUCACAUCACCCCUGUUCCUGGUGGUGUUGGUCCUAUGACCGUCGCCAUGCUCUUGCACAAUGUUGUCGACUCGGCGGCGCAAGCCUUCGAAAGAGAGAAGCAGAGAAAGAUUGUUCCUCUGCCCCUGCACCUCAAAGAGCCCGUUCCCUCCGACAUUGAGGUCUCCAGGUCCCAAAACCCCAAGCAGAUUACUCGUUUGGCGAAGGAGGUGGGCAUCGCGUCCCACGAGCUUGAGCCGUACGGAGCGUACAAGGCAAAGGUCGACCUCAGCGUAUUGAAGCGCCUUGAUCAUCGCCGCAACGGCAAGUACGUCGUCGUCACUGGUAUCACCCCUACGCCCCUUGGUGAGGGCAAGUCAACCACGACCAUGGGUCUCGCACAGGCCCUGGGUGCUCACCUGGGCCGUGUUACUUUCGCCAACGUGCGCCAGCCCAGUCAAGGUCCCACCUUUGGUAUUAAAGGAGGAGCAGCCGGCGGUGGCUACAGCCAGGUCAUUCCCAUGGACGAGUUCAACCUCCAUCUGACUGGUGAUAUUCACGCCAUUACUGCAGCAAACAACCUCCUCGCGGCUGCUAUUGAGACUCGCAUGUUCCACGAGGACACUCAGAAGGAUGGUCCUCUCUACAGACGUCUUGUGCCUGCUAAGAACGGCAAGAGGGAAUUCGCUCCUGUCAUGUUCCGCAGACUCAAGAAGCUGGGCAUUGACAAGACCAACCCCGAUGACCUCACGGAAGAUGAGAUUCACCGCUUUGCUCGUCUGGACAUUGAUCCUGAAACCAUUACAUGGAGACGCGUGCUUGACGUCAACGACAGACAUUUGCGAGGCAUCACAGUCGGUGUCGCGCCUACUGAGAAGGGCCAUACUCGCUCUACGGGCUUCGAUAUCUCAGUUGCUAGUGAAUGCAUGGCCAUUCUUGCGCUGAGCACUAGCUUGGAUGACAUGCGUGAGCGCCUGGGUCGCAUGGUCAUUGGUAGCUCCAAGAGCGGUGAUCCUGUUACUUGUGACGACCUUGGCGCUGGUGGAGCUCUGACUGCUCUGAUGAGAGAUGCCAUCAAGCCCAACCUCAUGCAGACGUUGGAGGGAACUCCAGUGUUCGUGCACGCUGGUCCUUUUGCCAACAUCAGUGUUGGCAACAGCUCUAUCUUGGCCGAUAAGAUGGCUCUCAAGAUUGUCGGUACUGAGCCCGACGAGGACCACUCUGAGAAGUCUGGUUUCGUCGUCACUGAGGCUGGCUUCGACUUCACUAUGGGCGGAGAACGAUUCUUCAACAUCAAGUGCCGUGCUUCUGGCCUUGUGCCUGACGUGGUUGUUGUGGUUGCUACUGUUCGUGCUUUGAAGGUUCACGGUGGCGGUCCCCCUAUCGCCCCCGGCGCGCCUCUGGAUGCUGUCUACAAGCAGGAGAAUGUCGACAUUUUGCGCGCUGGCUGUGUCAACCUGCGCAAGCACAUUGAAAACGCCAAGUCCUACGGUGUCCCUGUUGUCGUGGCCAUCAACAAGUUUGUCACCGACACUGACGCUGAGAUUUCUGUCAUCCGCGAGGAGGCCAUUGCCGCUGGCGCUGAAGAUGCUAUUCUCUCCAACCACUGGGCCGAGGGUGGCAAGGGCGCUAUUGACUUGGGUAAGGGUGUUAUUGCUGCCAGUGAGAAGCCCAAGGACUUUAAGCUCCUCUACGAUCUCGAGGGCACCGUCCAGCAACGCAUUGAGACCAUUGGCCAAAAGAUGUAUGGUGCUGCUGCUGUCGAGUUUAGCGAGCUGGCUCAGAAGAAGGUCGACACCUAUACCAAGCAAGGCUUCGGAAACCUGCCAAUUUGCGUGGCGAAGACCCAGUACUCUCUUUCCCACGAUCCCAACCUGAAGGGCGCACCUACCGGUUUCACCAUCCCCGUCCGGGACGUGAGAAUGGCCGCCGGUGCAGGCUACCUGUAA